AUGAGAAGCAAAUCCAUCUUAGCUGGUGCCGUUAAUGUUCCAAUUGAACCAACAUCAAAUGUUGACUCACGAACGACAAACAAUAUUGUCAUAAAGAACUAUAGUUCAGAGUGUUUGAAAGAAAAAGAACCAGAGCUGAAAUCCGUGAAUUUAAACACAGCUUCAAACGCUAACGCUACAUCAGAUGUUAAGUUAGAGUAUCCACCACUGGACCAAAUUCUUUCAAGAGAAGCCAACGACAACCCUUACAUAAAUGUUCAAACAAAUCCUUCAGAUAAC